CUCAUCAUGGUCACCGUCCCGUACCGCAACUCAGCCGCAGGCGCUUCAGCUCACCUAAAACGCGACAUUGAGGCUCGAAUAGCGGCCCUUGAUGUGACAAUAACCGAGACACAGUCCACACUGAGUGCUCUACAGCUUCAGCGCGUUGCGUUGGUGUCUGAACUUGACCAACUGCGGGGUUCCUGGGCACCCAUCCAUACCCUCCCCCCAGAAGUUCUUGGAGAGAUUUUUCAGUACUUUCAGCCUUACUUUUCGGCGUCACUACUGAUAGAUACAGAACCAGCACAGACAGCCCACAUCCCAUGGUUCUUGGGCCUAAUCUGUCGCUCGUGGAGACAAGUUGCGAUAAAUCUUCGUGGGCUAUGGUCUGUGCUCUGCAUUGACGACUUGCCUCGACGCAUGACGAAUGGGGGCUACUACCAUUACGACCUAGCGUAUCUCCCGAAUGAUGAUUUGGAGGUUGAACUUCAGCGAUUACCCCAAGACGCAGUCCUGACGGAGGAGGAUGUUGAAGGAUUCGACAUUGAAUGGAAGGUUGAGCGUGUGAAGACGUGUCUCGAACGCGCCAGAACCCAUGGUCUCUCCCUCCGCUUACACACCAUACAGACCGUCGCCUCGGAUCUCAUUCUGCAGCUACUUCUUCAGCGCUCCCGUCAUUGGGAGCAAGUUAUUCUCGUUGAAACUUGUCCCGCCAUUUGUUACCAGAUAGAAAGCUCAGGACAACACUUUCCCCGACUACGAUACUUGACAUUCGAAAAUCAGUGGCACAGUACCGAAUUAUAUUCUCCCAUUAUGGAUUCAUUCUUGCAUGCUCAAGCGUCGCCUCGUUUGACUGAACUUCGUCUUGCCAAUCUCCACAUACCGCUAGAAAAAGGCGUAGUUCCAAUUCGGUGGUCAGCUCUUAAAAAAUAUAGCGAAGUCAGUUGCCUUGUUUCACCCAGUUACCGGACCGUCGUCUUACAGCAGCUCGUCAAUCUUGUUUCCUUGUCCGUUAAGACAACUUCGACCUUCAUGUGGACCGAACAUAUACUAUUUCCCAAUCUUCGCCACGCCUCGUUCGCCUUGGAGAGGUGCAGUGGAUACCGUGCCGUCAAAGGCCCUUUCACUUUAGAGAUGCCCAACUUGGAAGACUUCUCGAUUCUGGCUAUGUGUCUGGGCACGUUGAGCGGCUGCCUACCGCGUAGCUCGCCGCAUCUGCGCAAGCUCUCCGUUUCCUUGAUGAGCGUUGAUUCUCACCAGGGGGCUGCAGAGGAAGUGUUGCUCUUUUCCCAAAAUUGGAGGAUGUUUCUUUGUGGGGAUCAAAUUACCUGA